AAGACUUGUCUACAUACAUUGUGCAUUAAAGGAAGCAGAUGCUUUGCAAGUAUCUUUAUGGGUGUUUUGCUGUAAAUAUUUAGAAAAGCAUUUUUAACUUUGAGUUCCUCAAUGUGACAAAGGCUUUGCACACCAGUAAUAGCCAUCAAGACUCAACAGAAGUAGUGACUAGAACUAGGAAGCACUGAUGCAAAGUGGUCUACAGUGGAAUAUAUCAUGGUUUACACAUUAACAAUGAAGAUCUUCUAUAAUUUUGUGAUCUGGAUUUGUCUGUCUGGAAUAGGGAUUUUGGCUACAGGUGAAACUGAGAUACAUGGACACAGUGGAGAAACUGUCACAAUCACAUGUUCCCACAGCAGGGCUUCAACUAAUAUAAAGUAUUUCUGCAGAGAUCCAUGUAAAGACAGUACAGAUAUUUUAGUGAAAUCUGACCAGUCACCUGCAGGAAGAUACAGACUGAAGGAUUCAGGAAACACCUUCACUGUGAACAUCACUGAUCUACAGGAGUCAGACUCUGGGAUUUACUGGUGUGGAGUGGAGAGAUUUGGUUUAGACACAUAUACAGAAGUCAAACUGACAGUAUCUAAAGACUCAGACACAAACAGAACCACAACUCCUAAACCAGAAGGAAGUUCUCAAUCUUUCACAACAAGAAGUUCAUUCUCCACAUCUUCAUCAUCUGGUGACAUCACAGCCUCGUCUUCAUCAACAGGAUUUAAAGUUCCUGUUCUUUCACUCAGACCAACAUUUGAUGAGAAUGGUGCACAAACUUCACUCUCCUCAGGUCCUCUGAUGUUCGCAGCGGUCGGACUGACUGUUAUCUUCAUUAUAUUUGGGGCGGUUCUCUGUAUAUGGAAUAAUCAAAAGAAAAAUUCACACAGUUCCAAGGUUGAUGCUGAAAUCCAAGGCACCACACAUACCUCUGAGACCACUGGUGAGUAUGAGGAGAUCACAGAGACCCACCAGCGGACUGAAACACACACAGCUGUCACCAUUUAUUCUACUGUCAAUAAAACUCCAGCAGCCAAUCAGAUCCAAGAUCCUCCUCUAUACUCCACCCUUUUCAUCUGACAAGAGCUGCACCAGAUGAGCUCUUAACCCCAGUCCUGAUACAGCAGAUCUAGCAACAUAUGCAGUCAUAAUGAUAUAUGCUAAUGGUUGUGGAAAUGUAUUGAACAGCUACUCUUUAACUUGCUUCAAUCAAUAUUGUAGACUGUGUACCUGGUGUAAGUAAAAGUCUAAAAAUGUUCUGGGUUGUCAGAUUGUUGAAUAUGUCAGUGUCUUAUUACAGCGGUAAGGUUUUUACUUAUAAUGUGCAUGUGGUCAGCAUGCAAAUUAAGUGCUAAAACACAAGGAAGUUAAUCACUAAAAUAAAAUAUGGGUGGGAUUAGUUUGAGGCCACUGUUGUACACGAUUAGCAACUCUUGACUUCCUUUUUUAGAACAAGGCUUGCAUUUUCAACAAACCGUAUUUGAGUGACAACGAAUGUAGAAUCAGCUGAACUUCAAAGUUCUAAAUGAACUAGAGACUUGAAAGAUUGUUGAUGAAAAUGAAGAACUUUCACGUGCUGUGGAUCUGUAUCUUUCUGUCAGCAGGAAUAGGGAUUUUGGCUACAGGUGAAACUGAGAAACAUGGACACAGUGGAGAAACUGUCACAAUCACAUGUUCCCACAGCUUUGCUUCAACCAAUAUAAAGUAUUUCUGCAGAGAUCCAUGUGAAGACAAAGAUAUUUUAGUGAAAUCUGACCAGUCACCUGCAGGAAGAUACAGACUGAAGGAUUCAGGAGAUGGCACCUUCACUGUGAACAUCACUGAUCUACAGGAGUCAGACUCUGGGAUUUACUGGUGUGGGGUGGGAAGAUUUGGUGUAGACACAUAUACCAAAGUCAAACUGACAGUAUCUAAAGACUCAGACACAAACAGAACCACAACUCCUAAACCAGAAGGAAGUUCUCAAUCCUCCACAACAAGAAGUUCAUUCUCCACAUCUUCAUCAUCUGGUGACAUCACAGCCUCAUCUUCAUCAACA